UGCUGACAGAUAACUAGUGAUCGAGAUGGGUGAAAGAUCCAAGGGGAAAUUAUCUCAUGCAUCAUAUGGAUCAUCGGGGCCAGACAGAUUUCAUCCUGGUGUCAAUGCGCAAGAAGCAUAUUGGAAAAGUCAUCACAGGGGAAAUCCAUCAAUUCCCAGUUGGCAGAGAGACAGAAUACAAGCGGAUAAUCAAACUUACUACAUACCUGAUAAUUGUCGAAAGGUCAAAAACCACGUAAAUUCGAAAUCACUACAUCCUGAUUAUGCAUCGCAUCAAAUUUCUGAUCCACUAUUCAGACACUAUCAAAAUUACAAGUCCUAUCGAAAUAAAAAUGGCCUUAAUAAUAAUAAUAAUAAUGCGGGGAUUUCGAGAAAGGGAAAAGAAAUAAAGGAAAAUGAUUCGGACGACGAUGAGGAUGAUGAUGAUGAUGACGACGGUGGUGAUGAUGACGAUGGUGAUGACGAAUUAGGAGAUGACGAAUACUACGAAAAUGAAACCAACGCUAAAGAUGAAGAAGAAAAUCCAGUGGAAUCCUGUGUUUCUCGUGAAACAAUUGAAAAAGAUAACGAAGAUCCUGGCGAAGAAGUGGAAGAAAAUUAUGUUCCUCCAAAUUAUCGGAAUAAAUUCGAAAAAUUACCUUCCUCGAUGAUGGAGAAGCUGAAAAUGCUAGACAUUGCACAUGCUCUGAAAAUGAAUCAACAAAGACGUUUGCAGAAAAAAUAUCAAAACGUGAUUACUACUCAAAGGGAAUGCCAGGAAAUCCAAAAUGAAGAAGUCACAGAUGAAGUAACGGAAGGCGACGAUGAAAUUCCACAACGGCAGUUUCGAAAAAAUGUUAAGGUUCCCAAUAAUCAUCGUCAACCAAGUUCGUGGUUCCCUCGAGAUCAUGACAAUUACAAUUUAAUAAGAUCUCAACAGAUGUAUGACUAUCCGAGAAAAUAUGACAUUAAGCAAGCAACUUUGGAGCAAAAUUUGGACUAUUACAGUAAAAAGAGACCCUGCCGCUUCUGUGGUGGUACCGGAAGUGAUCCGACUGUAUCGAGAAAAAUUAAUUGCCGAGUUCAUGAUUCUACAAAAGUCAACUAUAAUUCUAAAGAAAAAUUCGAUGGUGAAUCAGGAGAUCAGGGAGAACGUUUCAACAAUGGAAGAAGGAUUUCCCCAAAACUAAAUUUGCUGUCAAUGUCUCCGACAAACUACGCUUCCCAGAAAGCUCGAAGGUCCAGGAACACCAGAUCACCAGCGCGAACAUAAAAAAUAUCUGUCCCAUCUCCUGCACAUAACUUUCCAAUCUUCACAAAAAUUAACUUUUUUCCUUAAAUUACAUAAUGUACAUAAUAGGUAUGUGACGAAAUUACCGAGACUCAUUACAAAUUAAAUGCCUUAAAUUUUGAUCAUUAAAGAAUUUGAAAUUGAAAUCACAGUUUUCCUAUAAGGGUAUAAAAUUGGGACAAAAAAAACUUAUUAAAACGAUGCUUCGUAACAAUUUUGGUCUGCUUUUUGUUUGAAUUUGAUAAGAAUAUCAAAUUGAGACGAAAAACGUACAAAAAUUUUGAAACGUUUUUUGUUUUAAUUUGAUAUCCGUAGAAAAGCUGAUAUAAUUUACAGCUAAGUUUCAAAGAAGUAAAUUCGAUGUAUAUUUGUACAUGUCGCAUCCCUUUCUGAAAACUGAUUUUAUUUUGCGAAAGCCGAUUAAACUUGUAAUUCGUGUCUUUAGAUUCGUAUAUUAAUAUUUAUAUUUAUAUAGUAAAUGGCAAAUGUAUAUUAUAAUUUUGUGAUCCUGGAAAAUGUUUCUGGUUCGUGACGCGCGAAAACAAAUUAUUUGUAAAUAUGUGAUAUUAAUGUUAAAACACAUUAUACAUGUCGCCGAGAAAUAAAAUC